AGCCAGGUGUGGUGGGAUGUGCCUAUAAUCCCAGCUACUGGGAGGCUGAGGCAGGAGGAUUGCCUGAGCCCAGGAGGUUGAGGCUGCAGUGAGCUAUUACUGCCCCAGGGCACGCCAGCCUGGACGAUAGUGUGAGACGCUGUCAUUCAUUCAUUCAUUCAUUCAUUUAUCCAUAAAUAAAUAAUUAAAUGUAUAGUUAUUUAUCGUAAUAUUUCUUUAUUAAGAAUUAAAUGUCUUUUAAAAAUGGUGUUAGUUUUAAAAAUUAUUACUUUUUUAGGGAUUUGGUUAUAAUAUUGUAUGGGGUCUCAGUGUUCUGCCUUAUGAGCCCUCAUGUUCUAAAAUUUUAUAUACCAUGUUUUUCAGGGAUGUGUAUAUCCAAUUAUUAUAAGUCUUUCCUCUGUGGAGUAGUGCUUUCUGUGAUGAUGGAAAUGUUUUAUAUCUUGUUUCUAGUAUUGUAGUCAUUAGCCAUAUGUGGCUGUUUAAGUUCAUUAAAUUAAAUAAAAAAUUCAGUUUCUCAGUUGCACUAGCCAUAUUUCAGGUGCCCAGUAGCCACUCAGUGGCUCAUGAUUUCCACAGACAGCACAGCUGUAGAGAGAGCUGAGAGCUUGUAAGGGUCUGUGAACCCCUUGAAAAGACCCCACGGGCUGUUUCCCCAGCCCUCCCCUUCCUGGAGGAGAGGUUAGGAAUUUGCUCUAGAAGAAAAAUUCAAACAGAGGUUCUAGCAUAACGUGGGGCGUAUGGAACGCUGGGGAGGGAAGCUGUGUUGUGAAGUGGUACUGCUGUGGGUCUGAGACUGCCUGCGAGCUGGAGAUGGCUCACCCGGAUGUCUUCCUGUCUGUCCACCUACCUGUCUAUCUAGUCAUCCUGCAGAGCCUUACUGUUGCCCAGCUGAGACCCACAACUGUGUUUAUCUUUAUAGUUAUGUGUUCCUAACCGGAUUAUAAGUAAGAGAGUGGGGUUGUAUUUUAUAAUUCUACAUUCUCCACAAUGGAUAACACUUUUGCAAUGUAUUUAGGAAGGAUAUAGUUAUCUGGCUAGAAGGUGAUGUAUUAUUUAUAUUCCAGUAGAAAUUGAGAAUAAUUCUUCAAUUUUGGGGAACUGGAGUGACUAAAUAUAGGGUGGUUAGGUCAGAAACUAAUAUAGGAUUUAUGACACUUUCCAAUUACAAUGGGGAAAGCUCUGUUAACUCAUGUUUUUUCUUCUAUGAUUGUAUGCCUUCUGCCUCAACCUUAUACUUAGAGGCAGGUCUAUUAGUGAAAUGUUUGACUUUUAGUUUUACUAAGUUAGUAGCUCAAAAGACCUACUAGUUUUGAUACUAGGAGAAUAGGAACCUAGUGCAAAGUAAAACGUGAGUCCAUUUUGUAAGAUUUGGUUUAACGCCACAUUCCACUUUUCAGUAAUCUGUGCAUUUUCACACCCACUCCUGCUUUCUCCUUUUGAACUGAAGCAAUCUCAUGGGUAAUAACCUGAUUUUCCUUCCUUUGUACAGGUUUUAGUCACUCCUUAUGUUGCUUUUGAAUUGGUUUAAAUAGAUAUAUUUAAAUACAAUAUAUAAUUCUAGUUACAAAUUGUGUAGUUACAGAGGUUUAUUGUCUAGCUUUAACUGAUUUGCAUAUAUUAUUUUUAAAUUAACAUUUACAGUGUAGCAUGGUUUAUUAUGCUAGGUGAUUAGCGUUUCUUGCAAGUAAAAUGCAAUAUUCUAUUAUAUGAAAUAUUUUAAGAUACUCAAAUGUAAAAUACAUAAUGGCAUGGAUAGGCCAAUAGCCAUCACAGUGUGAACUGAAGGAGUGCUUCUCCUCUGCGUGGUAUGUGGUAUAUGUUCUUUCCUCUGUGAGGUAUAUGGUAUAUGUUCUUUCCUCUGUGAGGUAUAUGGUAUAUGUUCUUUCCUCUGCGUGGUAUAUGGUAUAUGUUCUUUCCUCUGUGAGGUAUAUGGUAUAUGUUCUUUCCUCUGUGAGGUAUAUGGUAUAUGUUCUUUCCUCUGCGUGGUAUAUGGUAUAUGUUCUUUCCUCUGUGAGGUAUGUGGUAUAUGUUCUUUCCUCUGUGAGGUAUAUGGUAUAUGUUCUUUCCUGUGUGUGGUAUAUGGUAUAUGUUCUUUCCUCUGCGUGGUAUAUGGUAUAUGUUCUUUCCUCUGUGAGGUAUGUGGUAUAUGUUCUUUCCUCUGUGAGGUAUAUGGUAUAUGUUCUUUCCUCUGUGAGGUAUAUGGUAUAUGUUCUUUCCUGUGUGUGGUAUAUGGUAUAUGUUCUUUCCUCUGUGUGGUAUAUGGUAUAUGUUCUUUCCUCUGUGAGGUAUAUGGUAUAUGUUCUUUCCUCUGUGAGGUAUAUGGUAUAUGUUCUUUCCUCUGUGAGGUAUAUGGUAUAUGUUCUUUCCUCUGUGAGGUAUAUGGUAUAUGUUCUUUCCUCUGUGAGGUAUGUGGUAUAUGUUCUUUCCUGUGUGUGGUAUGUGGUAUAUGUUCUUUCCUCUGCAUGGUAUAUGCUAUAUGUUCUUUCCUCUGUGUGGUAUAUGGUAUAUGUUCUUUCCUGUGUGUGGUAUAUGGUAUAUGUUCUUUCCUCUGUGUGGUAUAUGGUAUAUGUUCUUUCCUCUGUGUGGUAUAUGGUAUAUGUUCUUUCCUCUGCGUGGUAUAUGGUAUAUGUUCUUUCCUCUGUGACGUAUGUGGUAUAUGUUCUUUCCUGUGUGUGGUAUAUGGUAUAUGUUCUUUCCUGUGUGUGGUAUAUGGUAUAUGUUCUUUCUUCUGUGAGGUAUAUGGUAUAUGUUAUUUCCUUGGUGUGGUAUAUGGUAUAUGUUCUUUCCUGUGUGUGGUAUAUGUUCUUUAAAGGGAGCAGCCACUGCUUCCCACCUCAUUGAAAUUCACACUGCAUCCAGCACUACUGGAAAACUAAUGAAAAUGCUGGGACUACAGGGCUUUAUUUUACUGUUGAGAAUUCUCAGUGGUUACAGUAUUAUGUAGUGCCUAAUUCUCCUGGUGUCGCCUUCUUUUUAAAUAGUGAUUUUUAUUUUCAGUCCAGUGAUCCAUUUCAUUCAUUAACCCCCUAACCACUGAGUAAGCUUCAUGUCACAAAAGAGCUUCCAAAGGAAGAAUCAGGCAUUGGAUUUAUUAUAAAUAUAGAUGUUCUAAUUAUUCCCGAAUUGCAAUGUAUGUAGUCUCAUUUGCAUUAAAAACUAUGGCUUUUAAGUUAGACUCUGAAAGGAUCAAAGUGCUGCAAUGAGAGAAUGAAUGCUGUGCUUCUCCUGGACUGUGAUCUCAAGUGUUCCAGCCGUCACCAUAGCAAAAUUAGGCUCCAUUUCCUAAAAUCUCUUCAGUGCCCCCAAGGAAAAACUAAACUGGAGCAUAAGGAUUUUCAUGUCACUUUUCCCCCUUUUGUUUGAUUUCCUCUCCUUAACAUAAAAUCAACACUGGUUGUGCCCUUCCUUUUGAAACAUUGAUUUGCUGUGAGAAGUUGGCUCAUAUUGGAUCAUGCAUGUAAUCUGUACAGAUUUGUACCCAAAGCAGUGAUUAGCAUUCACGCCAUGGCUUUUUGUGUCAAGUGCUGUUUCUGGUGAACAACUGGAGCCUCAGAUGACUUAAGGCAGUUUUGAAAUGUAAGAGAUGUUAUCUCUAGGAUAUUAUGAAGUAUUUCGUGAUGUUAUUUUGAUUUUUCCCUUGCAGUUUAAAGAAAUUUCUUUUUUCUGUGUAUCCAUUGGAAUGUGUGUGUACAUUAUAGCAAUGACCAGAAAGUAAUUUUUAACAUGUCGUUUAUAGUUACUAUGUAGAAACUUGUCUGAAUACUGUAAAAAAUUAUUGGUGCAUAAAAUCUGUUAUAUUACAUGCUUUUAUGUAUUACACUCUUCCAUAUAGUAGGGAUAUCUAUUUCCUUAUUUUAUUAUAUGGAUCUAUUGCUGAUGCUGAUAUCUACUGCCCAGUGACUACAGAAGCUCCUUUCUGGACAACCUGUUUAUUACGCUCUCCAUGUGUCCACAGCUAAAUCAAAAAAGCAGGAAACAAGAGAAAACGUACCUCUUUGAAAGUGGCAUGUCGGCUGGGAUGAGAGAGAAGAGUAAGAAUGAUGGAUAGUUUUAGAGAAUAAAAGACUGCUCUCAGGAGUGAAUGAAGACAAGAAUCUGAGCACAUCAAAUACCAUGCUUAGCAGAAACCCACAGAACUCACUGGCCAAGAGUAUACUAAGUCUGGAAUUGGAAAAAUUCUCUGGGAUAGAAUAUAUUGGAGACUUAUCUAAAUGGAAGUAUUUAGUUGAAAAUGUACAUCAUAUGAUAAAUAGUUCUAUCAAAGUUAGGAAGCUGAGUAACGGAGACAGAUACUACCGUGAGAGAAACUGAUUUGCUCUACGUAUGUAUUAGAACUGCACUAUCAAAUACGAUAACCCGCGGCCACAUUUGACUGCUUAAAUAAUUAAAAUCAAAUUAAAAAUUAAGUCCUUCUCUUGCACUAAACACAUUUCAGCUGCUCAACAGCCAUGUGUGGCCAGUGGCUACCAUAUUAAAUGGUGCUGAUAAAAAAGAUUCUAUUAUUGCAGAAAGUUCUAUAGAACAGUUCUGCUCUGGGAGAAUUUCUUCUCAAUCAAGAGAGGCACAAGGAUUAUGAUACUAUUCUUUGAUAAAAAUAAGUCCAACAAGCAGGUUCUGAUGGUGUGCGACUGUAGUCCUAGUUACUUGGAGGCUUAGGCAGCAGGAUAGCUUGAGCCCAGAAGUUCAAGUCUAGCCUGUGUGGUACCUUGGACUGACUACUGGAUCUCUCCAAAUUUAGCAGGGCACAAGAUAGGGCAGCAUUCUAGCCUAACUCCUGGUUCUCUCUUCCCUUUUCCAUUUUCCUUAGGUUGUCAUUUCCUAUGUACUUCUUUUAAAAUGUAUGUUCACUUAUUUUCUUGAAUGUGUUUAUGCAAACUAAAUCUUUCUGGUGGGCAAGUGCGGAUUAAAGGGAAAUGGCCUAUUCUUUCUCUUUCUGCCUUUGUUUCCCUACAUGUGAAAAAAAGAUUGAUGUCGUUUGAGAAUUAAUGAAUUGAUCACUUGGAGCAAUUGUAAAAAUGUCGAGCAUUAUAUACAGAAUAGCACAUAGUUCAGAAGAAAACCAGGUCACGGCUUUAGGAAAAGUCAUGGUUCCUAAAAGUUUGGUGAAUUACCAGAUUAGAAAAUCUUCACACAUUUAUCAGAUUAGCGUUUAAAUACUGUGAUAUUAAAAGUUGUCAUGUAAUUGGAUAAUGUGAAGUUUGUGCCUCACUUUUGGGGUCCACCUGCUUAACACUUGGAAAAAUCUUUAAGGCCCAGAUUUUUAGAGCUGAAGGUAGAUAAAAGUCUGUUUUAGGUUUAAUGUUUUAGGAAGACGUUAAAAUACUUCUAGUAUCUUGCCAUUUUCUGAACACCUCAAAAUACUUGAAAGGCAUGUGCUGUGAUUUGAAUGUUUGUCCCUCCAAAAUGCAUGUUGAAAUGUAAUUGCCACUGUAUCAGCAUUAACAGGUGGAACCUUUAAGAAGUGAUGAGGCUGUGAGAGUUCCAUCCUCAUGGGUGGGAUUGGUGUCAAUAUAAAAGGUGAAUUCAGCCCCCCUUGUUGUAUCUCGACCCUUGUCUUCUGUCACGAGAUGACACAGUCAGAAGCCCUUUGCUGGAUACCAGCACCUUCCCAGCCUCCAGAACUGUGAGCCAAUUUGUUUAUCAUAAAUUUCCCAGUCUGAGGUAUUUUAUUAUAACAGCAAAAACAGACUAUGAUAGUGUGUUAUUUAACUUUGCAUCUUCUCUAUAAGAUGAAUAAAGGCCAAUUGUAAACAUUAUCCUUCUAUAAAGAGAGUUUCAAAAUUUUAAUUUCAAUAGGAUUAAGUAAAUUAUUGGUAUUAUUUUGUUCAGUGGCAGGUAGACUGAAACAUUGUAACACCUUCUAUCACAAACUUAUUCUACAGGUUAUUACUAAUUAUUUGACUUAAAUAGACACUAAUCUCUUUUUUUUUUUUUAAAUUAGUAAGACAAGUGGAUUUCAAAGAAUUACUGCAGGAUGAUAAGAUGAGGAACAAAAACCAAAUGGAGAGUUUCUCAAGAGAACGAUAGUGUAGAAUUUUUGAAAGUGAGCAAAGAAAAUUUAUUAGGUGAUAUUCUAACAUUGUUUUUAUAAUGAAUUUAAUUUUAAAAUAAAUGAAGAACUAAUCGAACAUUUAGAGUAAUAGUCAUCCUUAGUGAAUGGUGAAACAAGUAGUGUAGCUUUAUUUGUAGAAAUUGUUACAGCCCAUUACAUUGUUAUUCAUGGUCUAAAUGAAGUGAAGUGUAGCUUCAAAAUUUAUAUGAAAAUGUAAAAAAAGUUGGUUCAAAAAUUCCACUUUAUCUAUUUAUUCAUUUUUAGUUUUGUCAUCCCAAAGAUGUUCUGAUUUUUGUCCCAAGGAUGAUGGGAACUUCUUAAAGCAAUGGAAGUAUCUAAAAAUAACAUACCUACUAAAAAAAAAAAAAAGGCUUUUUUUUUUUUUUUUAGAAAAAACAUUGUAUUUAGAUGAUGGAGGUUUGGUUUUUUGUAAUAAAGUGAUGGUGCUGCUGGCAGCAGCUUGUUGUCUCUGAGAAACUGCUACAGAAAGGAGUAGCAGUAGAAUAAAGAGUUUGAACUUCUUAAUCAAAGGAUCCUAGAUUGUCACUUCAGCUACCAUGAAAUGUAUCUAUUAAUAGAUAUUAAAAAGUUAUGGCUGUUUCGGGUUUUAUGCUGCUGUCAGCUUGGUCUAUAGGCAAUGGACCAGGAAAGAGAUCAGGGCCAGUGCCACCAACUAUUGCUAAAAAAGGCAACAAAGGAGAGUGGAAAUCAGAACCAGUUACUUGAUUUUCUUAUGCCUCAAAAUGUUGGAGCCUCGCGUAGGAGUACCACACAGUCCAUUAUUCUAUAAACUUUGUGUUGUCUUAAAAAGGACACAAUCCCGAGAGUCCUACAAGAUAAACUUUUAAUGAUAAUUAAACAUGGAAGCCAGUUAAAUUGCCCUGCUUUAGAGCCUUCUGAAGUAAACGUUAAAAUAAGGAAAUGUGAGGCCGGGCGCGGUGACUCAUGCCUGCAAUCCCAGCACUUUGGGAGGCUGAGGCAGGCGGAUCACUCAAGGUCAGGAGUUUGAGACCAG